AUGGCUUCCACCGCACCAGUCGACUCUGUGCCGCCCGAGCUGAGCGAGGUCGAGCAGAAGCAGCUUGACGCCGCCAACGCAGAGCGCGAGCGCCGCGAGCAAGAUGCCCUCCCCUACCGCUGGCGCCAAACGCUCAACGACGUGACGGUCUCGGUCCCUGUGCCGCCCGGGACUCGCGGCAAGCAGCUCGACGUCGUCCUGCGCAAAGACUCCAUUCGCGUCGGCCUCAAGGGCGAGCCACCCGUCAUCGAGGGGACGUUCCCCAAGGAGAUCAAGGUCGACGACUCGACCUGGACCCUCGACGACUCGCGCGAGGUCACCAUCUCGCUCGAGAAGGUGGACCAGCAGUCAUGGUGGCCGCACGUCGUCACGAGCGCGCCCAAGAUCGACACGACCAAGAUCACGCCCGAAAACUCCAAGCUGAGCGACCUCGACGGCGAGACGCGCGCCAUGGUCGAGAAGAUGAUGUACGACAACCAGCAGAAGCAAAUGGGCAAGCCGUCGUCCGACGAGCAGCGCAAGGCCGAGAUGCUCCGCAAGUUUCAGGAGCAGCACCCGGAGAUGGAUUUCUCGAAGGCCAAGAUUGGCUGA